UUAAGGUUGUCUAUUAAAGGAAUUAAAUAAAAAAAUAAAAAUGAGCCACUGGAUAACUUUAAUUGGACUUAUGCAACAAAUGUGCAGCGAUAGCACAGAAAUUGAAGAACUGUUAAAAGAAACGGAGCGAUUGCACAAAGAAAAACAAUUACUUCAAAAUUAUUUGAAAGAGAGCGAACGCGAAAAUAUGGAUCUUCAAAUGGAUCUUUUCAAGGCAAAAUCCGUAAUGGCUCCCUCAAAUGAAUAUCAAAAUGAACGUUCCAACAUCGAAACCAAUUCUCAACUUAUCAAAAGUUGCAUCAACCUUCAAAGUGCCGUAUCGCAAAUAGAUUUUACAAAAAUCUUACAAUGCAAUUACUUGGAAAUGGAACAAAACAUGCAAAAAGAAAUGCAGCAGAUGCAAGAUGAUACUGUUUCUCUUUCAAAAUGGUAUGAGCAAAUGGAACAAAGAGAUGUCGUAAAGAGAUAUCGAGAAGCUGAAAAAGAGUACAAGGAGUCCAAUGAGGAUUUAAGUAAAAUCAAAAGUUCAUUUGAAAAAACUAAACAGGAAGCUUUCAUACGCAUAAAUAAUGCCAGAGAAAAGAGAAAUAAAUUAAUAGUUUGUUUGGCUGAAAGAUCCAAGCAGCUAAACAGUUUAAGACUUAAGUUCACCAAAUUACAAGAGUAUGAGGAGAAACUAGAAGAUCUUAAGAAAAGAAAAGCUGAAAUGAUGCAUAAACUUGAAGCUGCUAAAAGCAAGAGCAAUGUUCAGCUAAAGCCAUAUACUACCUUCAGCAAUAGCUGCCCACCAUCAAUGCCGUCUUCACUUCUUCAACCUUUCAUUGGAGAUAUGCCAAAAUUUCCAACAUUUGAGGAAAUUUACAAAUCACUUGAUCAAGACAUUUCCACAUCCCAGGUAGCAUCUGAAAUAACUGUUAUAGAAAAUACCACCAAUAUUAUGAUAAAGUCAAUUUUACGUAAUACUCAAGAGAACUCCAUGGAAAUAAACCAGUCCAUAACCACGACCCAUACCAAACAUGUUCAAUUUAAAAAGCAGUUGAAGGAAGAAUUCGAAUUGAAUAUCUCUAGCGAUGCUACAAUUUCCGACAGUAGUUCGGUUGAUUCACAAGAUUCUAUAAAGGCAGAGCCAAAAUUAAACCAGAUAGGCGUUAUGCCAACUGAAGCUUCAAAAUUAGCUACACAAUCAGACGUUACACUGUGUGAAAGUAGUUCAACUGACUCACAAGACACUGUUAUUUCAAACCUAAAAAUAGAUGAAUCGGAGGAAACUGAAGUGAAAGAAAGAACUUUAAUUUUGGACUCAUUGCCAUCAUCAAAUGAUACUGAUUUAGAAAAUAUGGUAUAUGAUGAAGAGGAGACAAAUCCAACUGCUACAAAACCAAAAUUAGAAAUUUUAGAGUGUGUUGUAAUAAAGUCUCCUGUUGCUAAAGUCGAUUGUAAAAACAAAGAAAAUAUAUUUCCCCACGAAGGCUCUAGCAUCAAAGCUGGAACUAAAACUAAAGUUUUAGAAAAAUCGGAUAUAGAAAAAAUGCCACCACCACCGCCUAUAACAACUACUAAAAAACCUUGCGAUAAUUUUGAAAAAACGUUUUACGAAGAAUUCUUAAACUUCUUACCAACUUCAACUGAUUCUGCUGAUACGGAUUCAGAUAGUCCUUCCACUUCCAGGAAUGUAUUAAAAGAUAUUGAUUCGUAUCUAAAUGAAGGCGAACCAGAGUCAAACAAUGAGAUUGCAACCAGUGAAGAAUGUUCAUUAAAUAGUUUAGAUUUCAAUUCUAAAGAACAAAAUGAGUCUUCCAAUAGCAAAGAUUCAGAGAAUGCUUUGGAUUUUCUGGAUUUUGGAACCACAAAUAGUUUUACAUUCGAUUCAAAUGAUGACAAUGAAGCAAGCGGUGGUAUUUGUGAUUUUUUAUUUUAAUAUUUUAUAGCACUCAAUGUUGAAAAUUAAUAAAUAAUAAAAAUGGA